AAUUCAUAAUAUAAAUAACUGCAUAUUGAGCCCUCCCCUCCCCUCCCCUCCCCUCCCGGAGCACUACCUCCCUCUUCCACACCAUCAAAUGGAUAUGGCUCAGACAUUGAUGUCCGAGGCCGCCAUAAACGACAACAGCACUGAUUUUAAAGAAACCCCUGCGAUCGAGGAUGGUCAUAUCGCCGUGUAUCACGAUCACCGUGAAAAUCGACCUGUUCUUGCUGACAGUGAAAUCGAGUUCUUUAGUAACCUGAUUCCAGGAGACAAUACUACUGCAAAUGGAUCUCUGCUCCCGGUCGACGCUAGGAAUAACGAGAGGGAUUACACAGCCUUAGAUCUGCCUAAAGAAAAUGAAUCUGAAUCAGAAUCAGAAGUUCCAAAAAACAUAAACAAGUGCUUCUCAAAUUUCUAUUCGUUGCUGACAGGCUCGGUUCUAAUUGGCGGCUCCACAUAUACCAGUGUUUUCAAUUUAAACCACUCUUACUCUAAAAUGAAUCUUUCAGUGUCCGAGACAUAACAUUGUGUCCUGAUCGAGUCCCUGUGGCUUUCUACUCCGCCAUGUUUAUGACAGUCGCAUUCACAGCGAGUAUGGUUGGGCUACUAUUUCCAUUAUGGUCGAUGAUUAAGAAAUGGUCGUUUUGUUCUCGGGCACUUCCUUUGCUUGGCCUGGCCGCUUUCUUUGCCAGUUAUGCUUUUACUAUGAAGGCGAAUGUGCCAAAGUUCUGCGUCACCAUUAAAUUAUUCAAGAUUUCAAGCUUCUGGUUGGUGUGGCUGUGUGGUCUUUCUUUAGUCCUUCCCCUAAUUAUAAUAUUCUUUGUGGUCAAGAUUGUUCUUUUUCAAUCUUUCACAAAUUAAACCAAACCAGUCUCAAGGCAAAUAAAUGAAAAUUUGUGAGUGUACAUAUUUUAAUUAUAGAAUCAGGCACAACCAUCUCAUGCUCUCUGUCUCAUCCUUUUUGAGAUCUUGCUAUAUCACAUGGGGGAAGGAGAAGGGGAAGGAAUAAAAGAGUAUGUUAUGUUGAAUGUGUCGUUGUUUUAAGAUAUGUGUAUUCUUGAAAAAGUGUACUUUCUUUUUUCUUUAAAUUUAAUGAUUUGACAGUGUAUUAUAAUAU